AUGUUGCCUCCAAACAAGGACCAAGGGCUGCUACAGAAAGCAGGGCCUCAGGGCCCCUCACAACUUGUGGACUCCUGUCCUCAGACCCUCCAGCCUUUGCCUCCCCAGAAACCGCUCCCUCCCUCCCUUCCUCCUUGCUCCCCUCCUCCACAGCCCCAGUCUCCUACCUCCAGUUCCUCCUCUUCUGACUCCAGCUCUGACUUAGUCCCACAGCCCUUCUCCUCCUCUCUCCCAAGUUCCCCCGCUUUCUUUCAUCAGCAUUACCCGUCUCUCUCUCUUCCACGUUCCUCCUCUCCUUUCUACCAUCUGUACUUCUCCUCUCCCCCUGCUCAGUCCUCCAGUCCCUCUCAGCCACAGAACUCCUCUCUCCCACCCUGCCAGUCCCCUCCCCACUCCGAAGACCUGCCUAGCCCCACGCUCACUUCCCAGAGCCCCAGCCUACCUUCUCCUGGGGUCCAGCCCAAUAGGCAGGCAUGGCACUGGCCUCAGUGCCAGGACCCCAGACCUCCUGGGGCGACGGAGGGAUGCGUGGCAAGCGAAAGGGACGUUGCAGAGUUCCGGAACCCGGAAGCCCUGGCCCAGGCCCUGGUGGCUCAGCUGGGCUACCGCCGCAUCGCGCACGACCUCCGGCUACUCAUUCUGCAGAGCCUGUGGCUCGGCAGAACCGACCAGCCUCCAGUGGUGGAGUACCCUAUGUGCUUCGUGUGCCUCCGGCCCCGCAGCCCCUCCUGCCCCACCCCCAGGUACAGGACUGGGCCCCGGCUGCUUGCCUUCCCCCAGCUGCUGCCCUGUGGCCAAGACCAGGAGUUGAGACCACUGCGCAUUGGCAUCGGCUUUGCUCUCCGCCUGCCUCAUCGCCAGGCCAGGGCUUUGCAUCUGUUGCCAGAAAGAAGACCGGAGAAAGCAGGCCCUCAGGGCGAGGCCUCGCAGGCCCCUGGGUAUCCAACCCACGUGUUUCAGGCCCGGGCAGCUCCGGCCCCAGCAGCUCCGGCCUGGGCAGAGUCAGCCUCAGGCAAACCGUCCCAGACCGGGAGCCUCAGGUGUGCAGGCCCUCCUCAAUCGCCAAAUCCCACUCCGUGCUCAGGGCCUCCUCCGCUUCAGGCGCUCAGACCGGCCGCGGGCUCCCCGAGGCCCGGGCUUUCCUCUGCUCCAAGGCCUGCCUCUCCAGAGCCUGCUCUCCGCAAGUCACCAUCCUGUUUCCAGAGCCGCGGAGGCUCCCUGGGGCACCUUCUCUAA